AUCAGCUACACUAGAACAGUUCAGGUUGUGGCAGCAGUGCCCGAAGUGCGCCAAACCACGGCAUUAUUGCCAUAUUCUGGAGAAUCAGUCCAUUUUCUCGGGGGGGAAAAAUUACUCGGAAGGGAUUUCACGUCCGCUGAAACAUCUUCAGCACCCAACAAAUAUAAUCUGAUAAUCCCCAGACUCCCAAAAUUGAGGGAACAGACCGGGACCGUUGGGACUUCUAGGGCAUAUUCUGGUUACUACUGCGCAAAAAAAGUACAGAGAAUCGAAUUAUACAUAGGCUACUUGUAUUGUGGAGCAAACGGAUCGGAUGCAUUAAACGCCCCGUUAUUCAGGGCACUGUUAUUAAGCUUUUGUUUUGAGGGGGUUGAACAGCCGCACUGGAUUCAACGCUUGGGAUGCGGGAUCCCUGAACUUAUCUGCUUCUUGUCCGCGGACUUUUCAUCUGCAGAACCAGAGAGUCGAUGAGCAUCUUAUUCGGGCUUUGGAUUUGAUCCCGAUUCCUGGCUGUACUAAACUCUUCUGCAGACGUUGCACUGAGUGCCGUUUUAGUAACCGCUGACUCUCUGUCGUAUAGUGAAGGGUGGGCAGAGGUGGAUUGCGUUGAAGUUGCAUGAAUCGCCGGAUCGCUCUUUGCAGAUCGCGAUAUCAGAUCGGAUAUUUGGCGCAAGGCGUGAAGCGCGAUGGUGAUGUUGGCGACUUUUUGGAUAGUCCUGCUGGUCGCGUUAAACGCUCCAGCGGGGAAUGGGCAGUCGGUGCAGACGGACCCCAGUAAGUCUGGAUUCGUGGGUGACACGGUCGAACUGCGAUGUGUCUUCAUCAACGGUAAGCCACCAGUGAAGAUCUCUCAGGUCACCUGGCAAAAGCUGAUAAAUGGCACCAAACAAAACGUCGCCACCGCUAACCCAGACUUGGGAGUAUCAGUGCUGCCCCCUUUCAAAGACCGUGUGAGCUUCAAGCAUCCUGCUGUGCGCCAGAGGUCCCCUUCUACUCUUGAGGAUACCACCAUUGUGUUCAGCAACCUACGGCUAUCUGAUGAGGCGGCCUACAUCUGCGAGUACACCACCUUCCCAGCAGGCAACAGGGAGAAUAUGGUCAACCUCACCGUCUUUGCACGGCCAGUGACCAAGAUGACCUUGACUUCACCCACCAUUGUGGCAAGGAUGCCGAAACGCAAGAUGCCUGUGGCCACCUGCAUGUCGGCUAACGGCAAACCUCCCAGCAUCAUCAAAUGGGACACCACUCUGAAGGGUGAAGCCACGUUUCAGGAAACGCGCAAUCCAAAUGGCACCGUGACCGUGCGCAGCAACUACAUCGUGUUGCCCAGCCGCGAGACCCACCGUCAAAAGCUGACCUGCAUCGUCACCUACCGUACAGACCGCUUUACUGACAGCGUCAUACUCAAUGUUCAGUGUUUGGAUGCAAAGUUGAAUGGAUCACUUCCCAACAACAUUGAAAUCAAGAACAACACCCUGUUCUUCAAAGGCCCGGUGACCUAUGAGUUCGGCGGGACAUACGUCUGCGACGCCACCAAUAGCAUUGGCACACGCUCUGGACUUGUAGAGGUCAACGUGACGGAAUUCCCUAACUCCUCGCCUUUUGAUGGCCGUGAGAUCCCACAGGAGAUGCAUAGUUCCGGCGCUGCCAUCGGUGGUGCGGUCGGUGGAGUGGCCCUGCUGGUGGCCGCCAUCGCGCUGCUUGUCUUCUUCCUGCGGCGUCGUCAGCGCACCUUUAAGGGCGACUACAGCACAAAAAAACAUGUGUUCGGGAAUGGAUACAGCAAGGCCGGUGGCAUGCCUGCCCAUCCUCCGAUGCCUAAGAACAUGCAGUACCCCGACGACUCGGACGAUGAAAAGAAACCGGCUCAAAUUAGCGGGCCUGGCGGUUUCGAGGGUGGCGAUCGGGAUUUCGACGGCAACUCUGAGGAUCUGAAGAGACCCUAUUUCACUGUAGACGAAGGCGAAAGUCGCGAUUACGAUGAACGGACCCUUGCCUUCCAGUACGACCCAGAGCCCGAGAUCACCGACGACAUGGUCUCCCAAACCGACGGCUCUGUUAUUUCAAAGAAAGAGUGGUAUGUGUAGAGUGGCAUGCAACGUCAAGG